AGUUAGUAUUCACGAAAUUAUGUCUUGCGAACGUGUAUGAACUGAUUAAAAAUUAUUUCAUUAAUAUUUUAACGUUAUUAAAAUUUAUAGAAAAUACUCUUUUUAUUAAUGCCAAAGUGAAUAACUUUAUAAUGACUGAUAUUUUCAUAAAGUGUAAAUAGUUUUCCUCGGUACUUUUCAAUGAAUAUUUCAAUUUUUCGUUCAUAAUUGGUUGAAAUAUUCUUUUGAUUGAACCGUGUGGAAACAGACCAUCACUAUUCAAAAAUUGUAAAAUGAUGAAUGGCUCAUUUGUCGAAAAUGAAGCUGAUUCAAGUUGUUCAUUUUCUCAAUCAGAUGCAGUUCAUAAUGGGUCGAAUGAAUUUCAUAAAUUUCAUAUUUUGGAUGAAACUGGAGGUAAUGACGAUUCUGAUAAUUCAGCAGAAUUCGACUCCGAUAUUCCCGACGAGGAAAUUGAUAAGAUGUUGGAGGAAGCGUUAGAAAACAGAAAAAGAAAAGCUUCAGAAGCUGGAAUAGACAAUGAAGAAAUACCUUUCGAAGAAAAGAAUAAGAUACUAUUAAUUGAAAAGGGGCAAAACCACUUUGAUGUGCUGCCAGAAGGAUGGAUUCAAGUUAUUCAUAAUAGUGGAAUGCCUAUAUACUUACACAAAGCUUCUAGGGUUUGUUGUCUAUCGAGACCCUAUUUCUUAGGACCUGGAUCAGCUAGGAAACAUCAUAUACCAGUAAAUGCUAUAACUUGUUUGAAUUAUAAAAGAGCUCUAGAAAAAGAAGAAGCAGAGUCUAAAGGAUCACCCGAAGUCAAUAAACAAUGUGGCCAAAAAUUUCCAAAUGCAAAAAUUGAAACUCUCCAGGAAAAUAUUCAAAUGCAAAACCUUUCUCCGGAACAAGUGCGCGAAUAUUGUGAAAAAUUAUUUAAAUUUCAAAAUAUGAAAGUAUUAAGAUUCAAAUCUUGGUCAGAACGAAGAAAAUUUACUAAAAAAUUAAAACAAAAAAAUCAGUUGCAACGACCUACUUUACCAGAUGGUACUAAACUCAUAACUUUUCCUAUACAAAAUUCUGAAAAUUCUGAGAACAAUGCUAACACUAAGAAAGAAUGGAUUAUGAACCCGAACGGAAAAUCUUAUGUUUGUAUUCUUCACGAAUAUGUUCAGCAUGCUUUAAAAAAACAACCUACUUACCAAUUCACUGAAUUAGAAAAUGCAGCAACUCCGUAUGCAGCCACAGUUAUUAUUAAAGAUAUGCGAUAUGGGGUUGGAUAUGGGACCAGCAAAAAACAAGCCAAGUCUGAAGCAGCUAAGGCUACUUUGGAAAUAUUAAUUCCGGAAAUGAAAUUUAAGAUUGCUCCAGAUAGUCAAACAGGAGAUUCAACAAAAAAGGAAAAAGAUCAAGAUCUAUCCUUUUUUGAUGAAAUAAGAGUAGAAGAUCCUCGAGUGGCAGAGUUUUGUUCCAAAACGACAGAACCAGCACCUUAUGACAUACUUUUAACUUGUUUUCAAAGAAAUUUCGGCUUGGAUGAUCUACAAAUUAGUUACCAGGGAAAUACUUCUAAAUCCCAGGGAAAUGAAUUCACAAUGACAGUAGGUAAACACACGGCAACUGUGUCCUGUAAGAAUAAAAGAGACGGUAAACAGAGAGCAUCACAGGCGAUACUUCAAGCUUUGCAUCCGAGUAUCACCUCUUGGGGAUCCUUAUUAAGACUUUAUGGAAAUCGUUCUGUGAAAAGUUUCAAAGAAAAAAAGCUCGAAGAACAAGAGAUUACUUGUUUGCAAAGCAAAGCAGCCAUUAAUCAACCCAAUUAUGCGAUUUUGAAUAAAUUGAAGAUGGAAUUAGGUAAAUUACGAGAAAAAAGAAAAGCGAUUAAACCCAUUGGUAUCUUGGAUACCGAAGAAACUUCGGUAGUAUCUCCCUUAUCUACAUCUAAUUUAAAAAACGUCGAUUUAUGAUCUUAAUUAUAAUUUGAGAGGAAUUUUUAUUUGAAAAGAAAACAAACACUUCCUAUUUAUCUAUGAAAUUAAAGUGAUUAUAUGGAAGUUAUACCAACAGUAGUAUCUCAAUAACGCACAUGGAAUUGAUUAACAUAUUCAGAAAACUGAGAAGUUCUGGAAAAAAUAACUAUCGAAUUAAUUUAAACGAUUGCUAAAGUUUUGUUUCUAUAAUUUGCAAACACCUCACCUUACCCUUAUUAAAUUUUAGAUUUCAAAAUUCAUCGCUGAUAAAUAAUUGUAUAGACUAGUAAGAAUUAAGAAACAAAGGCAGUGGUGCAUAGCUACAGGUUAAUCACCGUUCUUCAAUUACAAUAUUUGUAAGGUUAAAAAGAAGUUAUUUGGUUAUCAAAACCUUAUAAGAGGAAAAGAGAGCAAAAACGAGAUAAAAAUUGAACAAAAAUCACAGCUAAGGUCUUGGAAUGUACAAGGAAAUAAUCAACUCCACCAACAUAAUUAUUUCCGCCGACGCCAAGUAUUAGUAUAACCAAAGAUCAUUCGGGUCUUUGGUCAACAGCUAAACAUUCUAAUUUGACGUUUAAAUUGGAGAUUUUCGAUUUAUUAUUACCAUAGGCAUCAUAAAAACGGCGAAAAGUAUCACAGGGAAUAGUAUUAAGUUUCUAAGCAUGCUGUAUUUUGUUAAGUUGUGAACUUUUUGAAUCAUAACGCAAUAACAAAUUUUGUGAAUGAACUACUAACUCGCAAUAUUUGAACAGACAUGCAGAAAGCUCUGCUCAUGAACUGCACUACUAAAAUAUAACUUGUUACGGUUAAUUUUCGACUUAAUCACCGAAGAGAUUGAGACAUUUGUCAUAUCUGUGGACAAUCUUUUCGAUAUCCCCUUCAAAGAAAGUUGCCGCUAAUGUAUCCCAACCGUUCAGUAACAAUAGAGUACAAAGCAGACCUUGAAACUUCUGGAAAUUUCGUAGAAAAACCAGUAAUGGUGAAUCUGCGGUUUUCUUUAACCAUUCUGUCAACUUCUGUCAUCUCAUCAUGUCAACUUCAACUUCUGUCAUCUCUCAUGAAGUUUUCCCCGUACACACGACUUAUUCUCCGAUGGAUUUCUGCACCAUUAUUGCCUUCAGCCUGUAGAAAACGAAUUACACUUGGCGGGAGCGUCAAUAAUGACGGACAUGUUUGCGUAGCUGUAGCACAACGCCGACUGAUGCUUGAAUGUCAACAAACUAAAACAUACCAUAGAUAAAAUGAUUGAUAUACUAAAACUUAUAGGAGACAACAUGGAGAAAAUGGCCGAACAAGAGAACACGAGAAGAAUACAGAGAAGAAAUAAAACAAUUGAAGACAGAAAACAAAAAAAUAAUUGAGGUCAAUAGUACAAUGGAAAAAAACAUUAUAGACAUGGCGAACAGACUGGAGCACUUGAAAUAUCAGGAAAGGAAGAAUAAUGUAGUCGUCCAAGGAGUAAAAAUUGAAACAGAUAGCUCAGAAGAACUAAGAAUCCGAACAACAAACUUCCUAGAAAAAGAUCAGCAGGUAAACAUCGCAGUAAAAAGCUCUAUGAAAUUAGGAGAGAAAACAUGUUUAAGCAGAUUGGCCAAUAAAGACAAAAAAAAGUGAUACAUGCUUUGCACCGCAGCAAAAUGUAUUGAUAAACUAUUAUCAAUCUUGAUACAUAAUUUUAUUUGAGUUAGAAACAUUGAGGAGCAACAAAAUUGAGUUAGAAAAAAUCCUCCCAUUGUAAGUUUUACCAAAAACCAAGUUAUAUGUCAACUUUGCUAGGGAAUGUAGUUAGACUUUUUCAUUUACAGAAAUUGUUCAAAUACAAUUAUCAAACCACACUAAUCAACAUUUUAUGCAUACUUUUCACGACACGCUGAAUGCUCUCCUUAUGAAUUAAUAUUAGAAACAAAAAAUUUUAGUGCAGAUUGAGAUACGUACUUACAAGCACUGAACUAUUGUAUAGAAAUGUCGUAAUUCCGAAAAAACAAUUAGCUUAUGAACGUCUUAGUUGUGGGAUUGUGGCUUUUGAAUACUUAUAUGUUCAAAUAUAAUUUCCAAGAUGAAUACUUACAUAUACAUUCGGAGACUGAAAUUAUGUAAGUAAUUUUUGAUAUUGUUAUACUUUAAUACAUAAUUUCAGUGCUCGAUGAUGAAUUCGGAAGCUCGGAAUAUAUAUUAAAAAGAGUAUGCUGUACACUUAAGUGUUGGCCACAAUCUUAUAACUAUAACGUUAUAUAUAACAAAAACCAAACUCUUUAUUAAUUUAAAAAUCCAACUUUUGGGAAGUGUUCUUCCCAUUAUCAGGGAAACUACAAUAUAGGAGAAGUAAAUAAAAAUCAAACCAUGUAUAUAACAUGUUCUCUUAACUCAGUAAGUCAUAGAUAAAGAUUAAAGAGUUUCAUGUUGUAAUUAAUAUUAAGUUAAAAAUUCUUGAAUACGUAAAAAGAUUUAAAAUAUGUAAUUGAAAUUGAUUUAAUCAUCAAGUACUGCAAAUAUUAUCACAAAAUACCAAUGAUGCCAAUUAUUAAAACUGAUAAUUCAAGAUAUACAUGUGUAAUAUUUACCGAUAAAACUCUAUCCCGGGUUAGAAAGCAAAUUACCGGCCCCAAAUGUAUUAGUUGACAAUAGACCAUCUAUUGUGUGAUUUAUGAUAACUAAUUUAAGUCAAUUAUUAGAGUGCGACUUAAUAAGAUAAGGUUAAUGUCAUAGCCGACACUGGGUAACUCACUAGUCGUGUUUGAAGUACAAACCAAGCGAGGGUAUUCUACAACAGCCUGAUAACAUUAUAUGCUAUUCUCCACCAAAGUAUCACCCGAAUACCAUUCAUUACUGAUCCAUUUGGACUUAAUAAAAUCGACUAUAAUAAGGUUUUCAUUCAGAGGCCGCGAUUGUUUCCGUCUCGUUGAUUGUAUGACAGUUUAACCGAGUAUAUGAAUUUGUAAAUAUAAAAAUAUAUGUAUAGUUAAAUAUGUAAUAUAUAUAUAUAUAUAUAUAUAUAUAUAUAUAUAUAUAUAUAUAUAUAUAUAUAUAUAUAUAUAUAUAUGUAUAUAAAUCUCUGUAUAAAAUUUAUAAUAGGAAGGUUUCACAGAUAAAACAAGUAAAUGUAAAUUGCAUGUAAAUGCAGACCGUGAGAAAAUGUCAAUCUGGUUACAACGUGCACAGUCAAUGUGAAACUAAACUCCUUAAUCCUUUGCUAUGACUUACUUCGUUUGAAAAACACUUAAGAAUUCAUUCUCAAAUUGGACGUAAGUCAACUUUAAUACUAUAUAUUAAACAACCAUUUUAUAUACAUGGUUUAAAUUUUUAUUUACUCCUCCACUUAUAUUGUAGUUUCCCUGAUAAUGGGAAGAAAAAUUCCCUAAAGUUUGUAUACAAUUUCCAAAAUUUGCUGCAAGCUCCAAUAUAUUGGUUUUUGCUCUAACUGGUCAACAUAGACUCAAAGGUUAUUAGAUCUAAUUAAGGUAUAUAUUUAUAUUACACAAAGUGAUUUUUAUGGGGAUGUUCCAAUACAGUACUAGACAGAUUAUUCGGAUGUCAUACAGGAACUACAGUAAUUUUGGUCACAUUUACAAUUAAAUGCAAUAUUUUACAUAUUGUCACCUUUUGUUAACGUUUGCUAUGGAAUUAAGAUCCAUCAUUUGAAACGAUGUUACAACUAAUAUUUAAAUUUUGUAAGGCUUGAUUGUUAGUAUCUGAAAUAUAGGUAUAUUACGUGUAGAUUAUUUAAAUCACUUUGUAACUUUCUGUUAUCAAGGCUUCCAUAACACACAUGUUAACAAGUGCACAUGUUUUAAGUUACAAUUCACUAUCAUUUAUGUGACAUGCAUUUUGCUUGGUUAAGUAACCUUGUCGACAGAUAAAUGUAUAUUUUUACAAUUUUUGCAAGGAAUUUCAUAAACUAUAUUAAUCAACUUAUCUGUUAAGCUUAGGUGUGCUUCAUAUGUAAUUUUAUAUAGUGGGUUAUCAGUGAUGAUAUCCCUUCCACAUCUCCACAAAAAUCACUAUAUUUGUAAGUAGCCUCUAAGUCAAAGAUGGAUGGUAAGAACACACAAUGUUUCUUGGUGUUUAGCAAACCAUUUGUAUAAAAAAUACUGCUUUGAAGAGAUACUUUAUUAAGUACAAGUUACUUAAAAUCUGAUGUGCUCUAAAUUCUAAGUUCUCAUUAUAAUACUAGUACAAUAAUACUUAUAUAAUAAGUGUCGUAAUCUAGUAGGUAGGAGAUGUCAUUUGCUAAAUGCAAGCUUUAAAAGUGGGAAAUGGGCAUCUUUUAUACAAAAUGAAGAAGAAAGAAAUAUCAAUAUAGCUAAAAGAACUAACAUUCCGCCUAACUAUAUUCAUGAACCUAAACAAUCUUCUGUAUUCAGAGAGAACUACCAUAUAAAAAAAGUUUUUAAUAAAUAGUCAUACCAUCUGAAAAAUCUAAUGUUACAGUUAUAAUGGAGAAGAGACAGAUUUAUUCAGGGAACUAACUGAAAAUAAUUAGAGAGAACUCACUAAUGAUCCCACUCUUAAAAUACCAAUAAAUCUAACAAAUUACUAAAAAACUUCUUCUCAAAAACCAAAUUGACAAGAAAAUGAAAAAGAAAUUAUGGAACUAUAAUGAUAUUUCUGCUAACUUAGUUUUUGUGUGUGUCCAGAGCAGUAUAACAACCUAGCGAGGGCUACUUUUUGGUUCAUGUGGUUAAACAUUCCCUAGCAAACGCUAUUUGGCGCCAUCCUCACUUUCAACUGAGAAACCAUUAGUCAAUUAAAAUCUAGCCGUACUUGGCGAUAAUAACGCCAAACAAUAAUUUCAAAUUUUUGAAAUAAUAUAAGAGAUAAGAAAAAGAUUUUAUAUAUUGAGCGCACCUCGUAUAUCACAUAAUGUUUAACUAUAUGAUCCAAACAGCAGCGCUCGCUGAUGUUCUCUUUUGUUCAGAUUAGUGAUUUCGAACAAGAGAUUGUUACGCUGCUUUGAUGAGACGCAAAACGUCGAAACUAGGUAGCGAUCCAACCCUCUCUUUGCAAUUGUGAGUGAUUAGGAAUGUUGAUAUCAACAAGAAGGUUGAUAUCACAUUCUCAAAGCAAAUUUAAUAUUCGUUGCGCUAUUAGUCAGAAAUGUAUUUGUCGUCUCCUUUGAUUAAUGGCAAACAAUAAUUUCGAAUGAUUUAAAUUCGGAAUAAUAUAAAGGUGACAAGUAGAUUUUAUAUAAAUUUUGAUGUAUUAGACGUGCCUCGUAUAUCACCUAAAAUUUAUUUCAUACCAUCGCCAACUAAUGGUUCGCAGUUGGAAAUGAGGAAGGUGCCAAAUAGAGCUGCCGGGGAAUAUUUAACUAUACGAACUAUACCAUUGUCUUUAGUUCAGAUUAGAGACUCCGAACGAGAGGUUGUUACGCCGCUAUGAUGAGACGCAAAACGUCAAAACUAGCCAUGGCUUACAACCCUCUCGUUGCAAUUGCGAGUUAUUAGGGAUGUCAAUUUAGCCAGCUUUUCGAUGACACCACAUUCUUCAGAGAAUAUGUAAUUCAAUAUUCGUCGCGAUAUUAGCCGGAAAAGUAGUUGUUUUCUCCUUUGAAGAACGGUAAUUUUGCAUCAUUGAAAUUCGAAAUAAUAUAAGUGGUGACAAAUAGAUAAUUUUCUUCAACUUUUACAUUUUACACCUUCUUAUAUGUUUUCGUCUACAAACAUAUAGAAUGUUUAUGUAUUCAUCAUCGGGGAUUGAAAUAAUUGUCAAUGUACAAUGUCUAAAAGUAUAACAAUAAAAUGAUAGAAAUUUAUUGUCACUCAUAAUCUAACCUAGAAAAAUUCAAUGUCAUUCAUAAUCAAACCAAUGAAACUUCAAGUCUCCACAAUCCUCGAUUAAUUAAUGUAAGUAAUUUUCAAUAUUGUUAUACUUUUACAAAUAUUUUGAUAAAGUCUGAAAGUAGUCGAAAAGUCAAAUUUUUAUCUGUCUUUCAAAAAUUGGUCUAAGAAAUUUAUAUCGACGUUUCGACCUGUUGGACCUUAUCCAAAUGUAUUUUAGAAACAAAAGUUCCAAAAAAAAUUUGUCUGAUAUAAAUCAUUACCUGUUUCUCUUUGUACUUUUUUCUUUAUAAAAUUAUAUACUUAAAAUAAUUAUGUAAAUGUUUGCGCCGAUCGUUUCAAUAAUAAAUACAUGAUAUACUCAAUUGUGAUUAAUUAUUCGUUGUUGCUCUUCAUAUCCAUUUUAGAUCACACUGUGUUG